UCAGUAUCCUGCAGUCUAUCGGAUGGAGGUGCCGCUCGGUUCUCAUUCUCACCCGCCGGGACGCCCGUAAAUCGUCUGCCCAGGCCUCUCUCUGCCGCGCUGUCACCCUGUACCCGGCCUGCAGGGGGCGUCCGAUCCAUCGCCCGGGGAUCUGCUGCACCUUGCAAGCCAUUGUGGACGCCGCAGCCUGGAUUACUGCUCUGCUGCAAACAGGAUGGCCCCCCAGGACAGGUGAGGGCCCCUGUCAGGAGGUGAAGGGGGGCAUCUGCUGAGGAGCUACAGGGUCUUCUUCCCCCCAAGCAUGGAGCAUGAUGGAGAGCACUGGCUGAGGACAUGAUCUGAGCCACCACUGUUUCUCCUCCCAGCUACUGAUGAAGAUGGAGGGGGACCCUCAUGUGACUGAUUGGGGUAUCAUGAGGGGGCAAGCUCUGGAUCUGAUCACCCCCCAGCAGGUAGUGGGGGGCUUGUUGCUCCUGAAUGCGGAGGAGAAGGCUUGCAUUGCACUGCAGCCCAGGCUAGAGAUCCUGGAUGAGCAGGGUGAUAUCAUGGCUCCCCACCCUCUCCUGUCCCAGCACGAUGAGCCCUUACCUGGGGCAGGAGAGGGGCAACGCUGCCCGACUCGAUGUGCCACCACCAAGCCCUGGACCGGGGAGGAGGACGGUAGGCUGACCCUUUGCACUUUGAACCUAGCACCCCAGGAGUAUGCCCACAUUUAUAAACCCCCCAUGGACGAUCAGCUGCCACCGCUUAUCAUCGCGCCACCUGAAAAUGCCCACCUGCCCCUGUGCCCGGCCCCCUUCAGCCAAGAAGCUGAGCAGUAUCUUGAAGUUGACAUUCCCCAAAGGGAUUCCCCGCCACCCGAUUACCUCCUAGACGUCCGCUCAUUGUUUGCUCCUGACCAAGACCCCUGCAGCGACUUUCUGGUAUCGGCCUUAGAGUCCCACCAGGCCCCUGAGCCCAUGAAUAGUUUAUCAACAGAUCUGGAUCAGAUGCCGCAGUUUACAAGCGACCCGGGUGGCGAGGAACCGGGCAACAAUGACCAAAUGACCCCCAUGGAGUCCUGUCUACCUCUGAAAACUGACCGGCCCUCUUCUGACGGACCCUUUUUAGAACCAGACGUAGAACUUUUGCCCCUCUAUAAUCCUUCCCUGCCCCAAAUAGAACCCAGUUCAGAUCAAUUGCCCCAGUCCAAAACAUUGGUGGAUGUGCAGGAUAGGGAGACUAAAAAAUUGCCCAAACCCGAAUCAGUUGCUGCCAUUGACCUGCUGCCCCAGUCAGAGGCCCUCCAGAUGUCCCAGUUUGCCCCCUGCAUGGUCCCUGACUGUAUUCUGCUACCCCAGUCUGAAUCGGAUCGGGAACCUGACCCUAAAAAUUUGCCUCUUACAGAGUCAUUUGUAGACACCAAAAUAAAUUCAUGUUUGGGUCCCGACCCUGAACCAUUGCUCCAGGCUGAAUCAAAUUUAGAUGCAGACCCUGACCCUAAACUGUUGCCCCAGAUUAAACCAAAUUUGGACCCUGACCUUGAACAUUUGCCCCAGACUGAACCAAAUUUGCUCUCUGCUGCUGCACUAUUGUUCCAAACGGAAUCCAGUUUGGACCCUGUUCCUGAACAAUUGCCCCAGACUGAAUUAAAUUUGGACACUGACCUUAAACAGUUACCCCAAACUGUUUUGGACCCUGAACAAUUGCCCCAUAUACAAUCAAAUUUGGACCAUGACCCUGAACAUUUGUCUUUUUCUAGGUCCAUUGUGGACAAUAAAGAGCUGUCCCAUCAUUAUUUGGAUCCUGACAAUGGUCAAUUGUCACAGUCUGACUCCCAAGUUGACCAUGACCCUGAAGAGCUGCCACUGACAGAGCCCUUUGUGGUCACUAAAGAUUUGUUCAAGUUCAUAUCCCAUUUAGUCCCUGUCACUGAGAUGGCGGCACAAUUUGAACCCUAUUUUCACUGUAAGACUGACCAUCUACCCCAGUUCACAACUGAGUCUUGCUCGAGUCCUGUCCAUGACCUCCCAUGUCCACCUGAGACCUCAUCUGGUCCUUGUGUAGACAUGGGAAAGAAUAAAUUGUUGCCUUCACCUGAAAUCUCCAUGACCUCUGACCUGUUACCCCAUCCCGAAACCUGUUUAGAACCCAACGCUGGCCCAUCGCCACUUUGUGACCAACAUUCCAAUCUUGAGAACUUGCCUCAUUCCCAAGCCUCUCAAGGCUGUGAUGAUGAUCCAUUAGAAUAUUUUUGCCCCAAGAUAUCCCAUCCUGAAUCUCAUCUGGAUGCCACUGAACUUUUCGAAACUGAGCUGGACCCUCCCAUUGACCAUUCACAUCACUGUUUAGACUCAGACACUGACAUUUUUAAUCUUUCCGAAUCUUUCAUGGCCCAUGACACCGAACUGUCUAUAGAGCCUUUGACCUCCUUGGCUUCCACCACUGACCAAUUUACCCAGCCCAUAAUGUUUUUAGACCCCAGCCCUCUUGACAUAAACUCUAGCAAUGUGCAUCUAGAAGAGUUACCCCAUCCUGAGUCUGAUAAGGUUCCCAGUAGCGAUACACUGCCCUUCUCCAAGUUAUCUGUUGACCAGAUUCCUAACUCUGGAUCUAUUCUGGGUCCUGAUGUGGACCAAAUGCCUUGGUUUGAACUCUCUAUGUGUGCCGAUACUACCCACUUGCCUUUCUCUAUGCACAGUUUGAAUGGGGGCGAGUCAUCAAUGGCCUAUGAGGCAGAUGAAUUGUCCCUCUGUGACCCCUUCCUGGCUCCAGACCAUUUUGAAUUGUCUAUAUCUAAAUCUACAACUGAGCCAUUGACCUCAGGGGAUACUAAUUUGGAGCCACCUGCAUGUGAAUCAUCUGUUGACAUGGGCCAUAAAUCUAUGCCUGGCCCUUUUACGAGUCCUAGUUUGGAAAAUUUACAACAAUCUGAAGGCUUUUUGACUCCUGUCACAGAACAUAUGGUCCAGUCUGAAUCCCUCUUGCACCAUGACACUGACCGACUGACUGAAUCCUGCUUGAACAAUAACCGAAUACCUGGGUUUGAAAAUCUUUUGGAUUCUGACUCUGUACCCUUACCUGCACCCUCUGGGACUCUUGACAAUGAACAAGGACCUGUGCUGGAAUUGGAUAGUAGCCCCGAGUCUGAGGCUUGUUUGACCAUGGAUGACGACAUGACGUUCUUUUUGUCUGAAACUUUUUUGGCUCACGACAUGGACCAGAUUCCUGGAGUUGAUCACAUGACUCCAGACACUGACCAGUUGCCUGAUGGUGACCAGACUGAACCUUGUAGCCCCAUUGAUUGUGACCCAUUGUCCCAGUCUGACACCUGUCUGAUCCAAGACAAUGACCAGAUGUCCUUGUCUAAUAGUGACCAGUUGCCAUUGUCUAAAUUUCCUGUGAGUCCCCAAAAUGACCAGUUACUCCAGUUUGAAUCCUGUUCUGACCGCAAUAUUAACCAGUUGCCCAAAACUGAAUUUUGUACGCCCCCUGAAAAUAAGAGUGACCACCUAGAUCAACCUGAACCCCAUUUAGGCACCAAAGAUGACCUAUUGACUCAGUUGAAACCUGGUUUAGGGCCUACUAUUGACCAGUUGCCCCAAAUAGAAUCUAGUUUGUGCCAAGAAAAUGAACACUUAACCCAGUUAGAAUCCAGUCUGAGCCUGGAUGAUGAUUAUUUAUCUAAUGUCUGUUUGGACUCUGAUAGUGAUCAGUUGUCCAGUUUUGAGCCCCCAUUGUGUCCCAGUAGUGGCCAGUUGUCCCUGACCGAAUCUCAUUUGGUCCGCAAUAGUGAUCUUUUACCCCAACUAAAAACCCAUUUAAGCCUUGAGAGCAAAGAACUGUCCCAGUGUGAAUCCCAUUCUGAAUCCCUAAGUGCAGUCCCCCCUACUGGCCACAUGACCCAGUUAGAGACUUUCUUCCAUCAUGACUUCAACCAGUUUUCUCUGUCUGAAUGCCAACAAGCCCCCGACAUGUCUCAACCAAACGGUUCUGAGCAAACUAGUACCCCUGACCAGAGCCAUCUAGUUGCUUCUCCUUCAUGCCCCAACACUGAUGUUUUGCCCCUGGACCAUAACCUGAACCUCUUAUGUAGUAUUGAGUCCCCCUUGACAGAAUCCCCUCCUACCUCAGAUACUGACCAUUUUCCUGUACCUGAAUCAUUUGUGAAUCCAACUUUAAAUACGUUAACCUUGUCUGACCCUACCAUUGUUCCCACCACUGACUGCUUUGAGUUGUUAGAAUCUUCCAUGCCACCUACCAAUGCCCACUUACUACCACUUGAACCUUCAGUUGAACAUAGCGCCAUACAUUUGGCCUUAUUUGACCAGCCAGCAUUUUCUCUAUCCUCUGAGUCGCCCACAACACCCCAUAUUCCUCCGUCAGAAACCUCUGGGACUCUUACCACCAAUAUACCCCUGUGUGAUACCUCCAUAACACCCAACGCACCAUCUGGCACGCAUUUGUCCAAUAGAACUUCAGAGGAAUUCCAAUUUCCUUGGGACUGGACGUUGCACUCAGUGGACAUGUCAGACGAGAGUCUUUGUGGUGAGCCUCUGCAAAGCUCUGCUCAGCCACAUGAUGAACCCGACGACUGCUUUACUAUAUUUUGUUUAGAUACCCCUCCAGACUCUAGCUACACGACCCCCGAGGCUGACCUCACCCUAUCGGAUGACCUACUCUCCCUUUGUGAUGUUUUUGCACAUUUAGAAACUGAUCAUAUAAAACACUCACAAAAUGACCAGUCACACAUUUCCACCAAUGGUCAGACAGACUACCGUGUCGAAGGCGACCAAUUUCUCGAAUCCAUUCUCCAAGACCUUGAAUCAAAAUCGACCUCCAAACCUCAUUCCUUUGAAAAUGCCAGCUCGUCCCUUGACUAUGGUUUUCUUGAGUCUGAAAGUGACCAGUUGGACUUUUAUUGCUUGGAUUUAUUGUUUGAGCCCUCCAGGAUGCCCCAAGGGCUGGCCAGUGAACCAGAUCUACAACCCAACCUGUGGAAAUCUACUGAAGGUGUAAUGGACAGUUCAGCUGAUCCUUUAGGGAUGUGCAAAAAUAGGUCACCUCCUAUGGAAACAUCCUGUACUACCAACAACUCGGACGACUCCUUGUCUCAUUCAGACUCUUCCCUUAUCUCAAGCCGGUUUGGCCAGUCCAGGUCACAGCUAUUCAUUGACCUGGACUCCUCACAAACACCUGGUGAAAGCACACAGGUGCCUGUCAUUGUGGUAACAGAUCCCUUGGAGUUGCUGAGCACCUCGGAUGACCAACCGGAUAAUAUUUUGGCCAAAUCUCCAAAUGAUCUACCAUUGGACAUGUCUGCGGCAACAGAGCCUCAACUGGAUGCCCAUCUACCUGUUGUGGAGAUGCCACCAUGUGAGAAGAAAGAUCUAGCUGAAGUGAAGCCCGACCAAUUGUCCUUGGAUUGUCCAGAGUCUACUGAAUUGUCCUUAGGUGAUGGUCCUGCUCUGUCACCUCAACCCCAGUCGGACUCCACCCUUGGGACUACUUUGCCCGUAUUCAUGCCCGUUGGAGAGCUUCAGUUAACACGUACAGGUUCACCCUUUGAAGGUCUCAAGCUGAGAUCUCGUGACUCCCAGGAUUCGGCUUGUGCCCUCCUGCCAUUCGGGGAGGGCGAUCCACUUUUGGCAUUUACUCUGGACAGCGACUCUCCUUGUGCCGGGGACGAGCUGGCCCGUCUCCGAGCGGUAUUCGAUGCCCUGGACAGGGAUAAAGAUGGCUUUGUGAAAAUGGAGGAUUUUGUGCAGUUUGCUACAGUCUAUGGAGCCGAGCAGGUGAAAUAUCUUACCGGGUAUCUGGAUCCAGCUGGCCUGGGGGUUAUAAAUUUCCGUGACUUCUAUCGGGGCAUCUCUGAAAUCCAGAAUGAAGAUCUGGACAUGCAGCUGUAUGACAUGGGAUACCCCUCCGAGGAGGAGCCGGCCUGCUCUGUGGACUUCGAUGACCUGGCUGCAUUUGAGGUUACGGAGGUGACGGACAGUGCCUAUGUGGGCUCGGAGAGCGCCUAUAGUGAGUGUGAGACCUUCACGGAUGAAGAUACCGGAGGGUUAGCUGCACACGAAGACCAAGAGACUGAAGGGGAUGGAGCUGGAUCUCGAGGACAUGCACCAGCUACGCCUGAAGGUUUGGAGCUGUCCCUGUCUGAUAUCUCAGGGGUCACAGUCACUGGACAGGAGGAACAGUUUGAAGAUUUUGGUGAGGGAGCAGAACCGGACCUGUUCAACAGCCACAGCGAGGAAGAGCAGGAGAGCUUCACCCAGACGACAAACACCUCCCAUCGUCUCACCUCUAGUGGUGGACCUGUGUCAGAGCGCCAACUUCUGGCACCACCACCUUGCACAGGCCUGGGGGGGCUGUACUGCAGCCAGUGCCACAAACAUAUCAACCGUCUGGAAGAUCUGUCCACCCGUCUCCGAUACCUUGAGAUGGACAGCCCAGACAAGAGGCCUUCGAGCAGAAAAGAGGCACGGAGGCUUCAUCAUAGUGGAUUACUGGGAGAAGACCAAGGAGAACCGCCGCUCACCAACAUGUCGUUUGAUGACACCUAUCUCACAGAUAAGGUUCUGUAUCUGGAACAGCGGGUGAGUGAACUGGAAAGAGACGCUGCCAUGACAGGAGAACAGCAAAAUCGCCUUAAACAGGAGAACCUGCAUCUAUUACAUAGAGCCCACGCACUUGAGGAGCAGCUGAAAGAUCAGGAAGAACGGUCCGAUGAGGUGCAGAGCGAGGAGACGCGGAAACACAGAGACGAACUGCGGAAGAUGGAACGGGACCGAGGGUUUCGGUUGAGCAGUUUGAAGGCCAGAGUUCAUGAGCUGGAGAAUGAGAAUACGGAGCUCCGCUCUCAGCUGCCCGGCACAAAGGCAACCGCGCAGAGACUAGAAGAGGAGAAAUACAAACUGAUGGAUGAAGUGGAAGAACUGCAGCGUCAGCUUAAAGAGCACCAGGAGCAGAACAAGAAGCUGGGAGGGAAACUGAGCAAAGAGAAACACAAACAACAGCUUGAGAAGGAGAGGUGCCAAGAGGUAAUAGAGGAGCUCCGGCGGGAGCUAGAACAGACGCAGCUAUUACGCCUUGAAAUGGAACAGCGAUUAGGACUGGGUAAUAGCACCGCCCUUCAGGAGUACAACAGUCGCACCAGGGAGUCUGAGCUGGAGCAAGAAGUGCGGAGACUUAAACAGGAGCAACGAAUUCUCAAGGAACAAAACGAAGAACUGAACGGCCAGAUCAUCAACCUCAGCAUCCAGGGAGCCAAGAACCUCUUCUCCACCACCUUCUCAGACUCGCUGGCCGCAGAAAUCAGCAGCGUUUCUAGAGAUGAGCUCAUGGAGGCUAUACAGAAGCAGGAGGAGAUAAACCUUCGAUUACAAGAUUAUAUCGACCGGAUCAUUGUCGCGAUUAUGGAGACCAACCCAGCCAUAUUGGAAGUGAAGAUGCAUUAACCCUAACAAGCCAGUCCACGAGUAAGACGCAGCUCUGCCCAUGAUCCCAAAAAAACACCCCCAAAAAAACAGAGGAGGCAGAGCACCGUUCUUGAGCACUGAGGCCGAUCCGCUCUGGCGCGUGAACCUUCCGGGCUUCCAUGAAGAUCGCUGUCGUGCGUCAGAAAAGUCGUCUUUUAUUUAUUUUUUUGUCUUAACGCUUGCGUCUGAACGAAUUCGCAGAGACUCCGGUAGACUUGCUGCCUCUCUGAGGAACAUCUCGAAAUCCCUUCCACACCUUUUUCGAAGACCUCGCUCUCACCGCUUUUGCAUCGGCUUAAGAGACCACUAUCGGAAUGUUAUAGCGGUCCACCGCCGUGGGCUCGGACUCGCCGGAUAACUGCGAAUGUGUUUUUUUUCCCCCAACACGGACUUGAAGGCGAUUGUUGAAUGAAUGUGUAUAUAUUGUUGUCUCAAUGCACAAUUGUAUAUAGGCGGCGUAGAGGUGCACAUGGGAUCCGUAUGUAAUAGCGUCACGGGGUGGGGGGGGGGUGUGGGUGUCGAACGGUAAUAAUGUUAAAUAAUUUAAACAGGUUUCUCAUUCAUUUUUAAGUAGGGUCUUAUAAGAUCUUACUGUCAUGGCAUCAGGCCGGCUCUGUAGCGGAGGUAAGAAAAUGACAGUUCUUUGGGCCCCUACCCCAGCAUUCACUCCCAGCACCAGGAAGCUGUUGUUUCCUAUGCUUGCUCUAUUUAUACACUAUAGGGAUCUCUAACCCGAUCCCUAGUGAUCUCCUAUAUGCAUAUAAUUUGCACAAACACGUGUGCGUACCAGAUCACGCAAACCCUAUAUACACACACAGCAGGCUGCUACGGUCAACCCUAAGCCCUACCCCCCCCCCCCCCCCCCCCCAAUAUAUGACUUCAUGGUGCUUCACCAGUCACCUGACCAGCCUAUCCCGGCACCGAGAGGGUUAAAAUCACUCAUGAAUUACUAGGGGGGUGGCGCUUGUUCUCUCACUUUUUUUUCCCCUUUUAUUUGCAGAAAAAACAAAAAAAUAAUCACAUUUUUAGACAACUUUUGAAGAAAGUUUCUAUAUGUGUAUGUACAUAAGUAGAUAUAAAAAUAAAGGAAAUUCUAUAGAUAUAUAUAUAUAGAGCUGUAAAUAUUACAGGUAUAAGGAACGGACGGGAUCCUCCGGGAUGACGCUUUUUCUGUCAAGUCACUGGAUUUUUGUUGACCGCGUCGUGGCCAAGGGCAUAGCAAUACAUCCCCCCCCCCCCUGACUGAGGAGGGUAGGGUUAGGGUUGUUUGCGGCAGUGACGUAAAGGAUCUUUACAGACGUGUCUCCGGUAUGGCCGUAUGCUAGGAGAUGAAUUCAGUUUAAGAUGCCAAAAAAAAUAAAAUAAGUACGCUGCGCCAUUUCUCUAGGUUAUAUACCAGUGUUUCCUAACCAGUGUGCCUCCAGCUGUUGCAAAACCAAAAAGAAAAUGUUUUCUUUAAGUACCCCUUUAAGAUCUGCAAGUGUGUGGGACAGACUUGCAAUACCAGACACAGCCCCUGGACUAGGGUGGCGCUAUUACUACGGAAGAGGGAAAAAAAAGCAGACCCCAUUUCUUGAGAAGUGGUCUCCAAACUGCAGCCCUCCAGCUGUUGCAAAACUACAACUCCCAGCAUGCCCGGACAGCCAAUUGCUGUCCGGGCAUGCUGGGAGUUGUAGUUUUGCAACAGCUGGAGGCACACUGGUUAAGAAACACUGAUGGGAGUUGUAGUUUUGCAACAGCUGGAGGCACACUGGUUAAGAAACACCUAUGGGAGUUGUAGUUUUGCAACAGCUGGAGGCACACUGGUUAAGAAACACUGAUGGGAGUUGUAGUUUUGCAACAGCUGGAGGCACACUGGUUAAGAAACACUGAUGGGAGUUGUAGUUUUGCAAAAGCUGGAGGCACACUGGUUAAGAAACACUGAUAUAUAUAUAUACUUUAAAAUGGAUUUGGUCAAAUAUUUGAAUGUUGGGACGGCUCCCCCUAGUGGUCUUUUUAAUUCUGCAAUUUAUUUCUAUUUAUUUAUUACUUUUCUCCUUUUCUGGCCACAUUUUUGCACAUUUUGAAAACUUGUUGGGAGUCGUAGUUCUGUCACCAAAUAAUGCACGGCAAUACACGUAAAGGAGGGAGCUUACAUCUUUAAAGAGGCCCUUCCUCCUGGUGCUAGAUCACCCCCACAGCACACGGGGCACUGCAUUUGUUUGCCCCCCUACCAGCAUUGGUUGCUAAUGUUGCUUUGACCCCCCCUCCCCCCCCCCCCUUUCCCACCUGGAGAGGUGGAGGCUUAUAAAUCCGCACUAUGUAUAGAAACCAGGUACACAGCCACUUUAGACUACCUCCCCCUCUCCGCAGGCAUCAUGGCCGCCUCUAUGGUGAACUCCCGUUCGAACGAAUCCAAAUAGAUGGUGAGAGUGUGCCCUCUCCUGGCUAUAUUAUAGGUUUUGGCCAUUACAAGAUCUGUUCUGUAACACAGAGGUAAUCCUAUACAUUAAAGGGGUUAUUCCGGCCUAGAAAAAACACUAAUUUCUUCUAUAAACAGCGCCACCCCUGUCCUCAGGUUGUGUGUGGUACUGCAGCUCCAUUUCAUUGAAGUAAAUGGAGCCAAGUUGCAAUACCACCUGCGGACAGGGGUGGUGCUGUUUUAUCUAUUCCUGGAUACAACCCCUUUUUUAAUUUAUUUAGGGCAGGAAUCACACAUGCAGUUUUUGUGAAAUUUUUGGAGCCAUUUUCCAUUCCUUUUUAAAUUCACUCCAGAAUUUGGCUACAAAACCUCCCCCCAACAAAAACUGCGAUUCCAGCCCAAAUCUAGAAAUUGCAAAUCCUGUCCCGGUUCGGUGGUUUGGUGACAUCGCUGGCUUCAUACAGAUGGGCUGAUGACGGUCGUAGGCUGCGUUUACGUGGCUGUGCAGACGGAGGGCGCUAUGGAGCAUGAAAGUACAUUGACUUGUAAAUUAAAAAAAAGAAUCAAUUGUUUAAUUUAAUUCUGAGAUCAUUUGCUUUAUCUUUGUGUAUUUUCAGAAAUUUCUGGUGAGGAAUAAAACUGUUUGAUUGCAGGAACAAA